CGCGCACGCCCCGGAAGUGGUUGCCGGAGGCGCGGAGCACGCCGGGACGCUCACGGGUCCCCGGGGCAGCGCCCAGCGCUGUGGAAUUCGCCGGACCCGCACCCGGACCUUCCGGUCCGCUCGCCCGGCUCGCUGUGUGACGCCGAAAGUAGCCAAUGAGCAGAGAGCAUUCGUCCUGCACCGCCGCCCCCAGCCAGGGGAACCAAUCCUGUUGCAAGAGAGGCAGGACGCGCCAAGUCCCGAAAGAGGAGCCGGGGGCAAAAAGCGGUUGAGUCCAGUAAGGUAAGACUCUGCUGAGGGGGGAUUCCGAAGGCGGCGACAGCCUCAGUAGUUGCGCCGCGGCCGAAGGGGGCAAAAGCGACCGGAGGGACGCCCUGGAGACUGUUUAUAGCCCUGUCAGGACCGCGCGGGGAGGGGAGAAAGAGGCCGAGGCCGAAGGGCUCCUUGGAUGAUGGCACACUGAGAAGCAUGCCCUGAGCCCCGGCCUCCAUGGCAUCCCAUGACAAAGAUAUGGGGCCCUCACUGCCCUCUCCCUGGGCUGCCGUCCUUGAGGUUGUCAAGGAGCAGCUGCCGUCCUUUGACUCGGAUUCCUCCUUGUCGGACUGCGGGGAAGAGAAGCUGUUCAUCUUCCAGCGAAAUCAAGCUGCCCUGAUUCCAGACUUGGAGGAGGACCUGGCGGAAGACCCUGCCGGGGCCUGGGUCACUACAGCUGACGGGUUCCCUCCUGAGCCAGUUGUGCCUGUGGAAUUUGCUGCUGAACCCUGGAGGGAAUGGGAUGCAAGGACAAAGGAUUCAGCCUCUCUGGAAGGAAGGGGCCCUGGUCCGUCUUUGGAGAGCCCUGGUAAGAGCAGCUCUCUUCUUAGGAUGUCCGAGGAGACCCCCAGGUGGCAGGAAGGCGAACUUGGGGGCAUGUCCUUCAACACCAAGGGAUCCCAGAGUCCUGCCUGGGGGCUGCAGGGAGAAGCCACCCUCUCCCCCCAGGAAGGAGACCUGAAGACCCAGCUCCCAAGCACUGCCUCCCGAGCCCGUGAGGGCUCAGACUCCGCAGACCGCAGAGCCCUCCGCAGGGAGAGAAGGAAGAUGAUCGAAAGAGACAUUCUCCAUAAAGUCACCUGGGAUGCCCGGGGCCCAGCCUGCAGUGACCAAAGUCAAGUGAAGGUGACGCCCUGUGGAGCAGCAGCGUCAGGUCCGAGACCAGAAACGCCACCAGAGCAGCCCCUGGAAGGACCGCCACUGCUCUCCCUCCAGGAACUCGAAGAGAGGGAUCUGGAUCACAUCCUUCAGAAUCUGGCGGGACGAGAAGACGACCGGGGAGAUGGCCCACCUGGAGCCACGUGGUGGGCAGCUGACCGCCUGCAGGGCCGAGACCAGGCUGUGCCAAGUGCCCAGGACAGGCUCAUGGAACAGCUUGCCCUCCUGUGUGCCACGCAGUCCAGAGCUGCAGCCUCUGCCGGGAAGGUGCCUGCUGACACAACCCAGGACACCGAGCGGGAGGCUGCAAGCAGAUGUGCUUCCACAGAGCUGGGCUUCCAGGCUGAGCUGGGCCCGACACUGGCCAGGGGUAUGCGGCUAAGGAACCCAGCAGAGCCUCCCACCAUCUUCAUCGAUCUGCGGCCGAAGGAGCCAUCAGACCAGGAGUCGUCUGAAAGCUCCAGCUCCAGCUCUUCUGACAGCGAGGAGGAGGGGGAAGAGGACACAGCGGCUCUGAGAGACCAGCAGGGCCCCUGGGGGCUGAGGGACUGUACCGGGAAAAGUCAGCUUCUCCAGCAGCUCAGGGCAUUUCAGAAGGGGACCACUCAGCCCAAGUUGCUUGCCAGCAAGGGUCCCAGCGGCCAGAAGGCUCAGGCCCCUGAAGAUUCUGCCGGAUCCGGAACUGGGAGGAAGCAACACGUAACACUCCAGGCUGAGAGGCAGAGCACCCAGGCCAGACCCCCAGGAGGAAGUCCCAGGGCCCUGGGGGACCCUCCUGGGCCAGGGACAGCCAGGGAGACCCUGGUGCCUCCUCUAGGCCAACUGUAGAUGCCUCUGGUAAUGGAGGAGGAGGUUAUCAGGAUGAUGUGACAUUUCCUCGACAUGCCUAGGCCCUGGGGGUCC